AUGCCGUCGACACUCUCAACCAGAUCCUCCAGUAUCGAGGAGGCACAUUCUCCGUGGGAGCAAGUAGAGGAGAAACGGCCUCAGUCGCAACAAUUGCCGGACCCCAAUAACCUCGGCCUCGUCCAGAGCCAUAUCUCGCACCAUGAUAUGCCCGUGACGAGCGACGAAUUCCACGAGGUCGACGCCGAACAAUACCUACGAUUCUCGCCACUGCGGAAGAUGGUCAUAGUAUUUGUCUUGGCUUUCUGCUCCUUCUUAGCCCCCAUUUCUUCAACGUCCAUUCUGUCGGCAAUCCCCGAAGUUGCUGAGACCUACAAUACGACCGGCAGUGUCAUCAACGCCAGCAAUGCACUGUACAUGGCAUUCAUGGGCAUCUCAGCUCCGUUCUGGGGGCCCUUCAGUCAGGUGUGGGGGCGACGUCCGAUCUUUUUGGCCAGCGCAUUCCUGUUCUUUGCUUUUAGUAUUGGCACGGCGCUGGCACCUAACCUGCCUGCAUACUAUAUCUUCCGCGUUUUGACUGCGUUUCAAGGAACCUCGUUCCUGGUGGUAGGCAGCUCGGCCCUUGGCGAUAUCUAUGAGCCGCGGGCUCGAGCCACAGCCCUGGGAUGGUUUCUCUCGGGGACUCUCAUCGGGCCGGCAUUUGGUCCCUUCCUUGGCGGUGUCAUCGUCACCUUUUGCUCCUGGCGAGUAGUAUUCUGGCUACAGACAGCCCUCGGCGGAUGCGGCACACUACUAGUCUUCUUCUUCUUCCCUGAGACCUACCCGCACCUCGACAAAAGCGAGCUCUCCGAGCGAACACUCGCCCAAAAGGCCCAGCUCCUCUGGCACCGGGCCUCACCCCUGCGCGUCGGCAUCCUCCUCUUCUCCUACCCAAACCUCUUCUUUGCGGGACUCGGAGCCGGCGCCCUAGUAUGGAACCAGUACUCACUGCUCACGCCGAUCCGAUACGUGCUGAACCCCCGCUUCCACCUGACCACGCCCAUCCAGUCGGGCCUGUUCUACAUCGCGCCGGGCUGCGGGUACCUGGUGGGCACGUUCAUGGGCGGGCGCUGGGCCGAUCACAUCGUCAAGAAAUGGAUCCGCAAGCGCGGUGGGGUGCGCGUGCCCGAAGACCGGCUGAAGUCGUGUCUGUUGUUCCUCGGCGUCGUUAUCCCCGGCUGUAUCCUCGUCUACGGCUGGACGGUUGAGAAGGCCGUUGGUGGCAUUCCUGUCCCCGUGCUUGCCAUGUUUCUGCAAGGCGUGGCCCAGCUCUUCUGUUUCCCCAGUCUGAAUACGUACUGUCUGGAUGUGAUGCAGUCCAGUGGUCGUAGUGCGGAGGUUGUUGCUGGUAAUUAUAUGUUCCGGUAUGUCUUUGGGGCUCUUGGUUCGGGCCUUGUGCUCCCCGCUGUGGAGUCUGUUGGUGUUGGCUGGUUUAGUACCAUCAGCGCUUUGUUCCUGGUUGUUUCGGGGGUGUGUGUCUGGGCGACCACCAUCUUUGGCGACGAGUGGCGCAACAAGGUUGAUAAGAGGAACGAGCACAAGGCUGAACAGAAGGCUAAGAGACAGCAGGCUCAGUCGGAGCCGGGAAAAGAUGAUGCCUCUGCGGUCUGA